GUUUCAUGUCCCAAGAACCUCUUCAGAGCAACAAACAGAACUUCCCAAAUUUCUACCGUACAGUACCCAGUGAGAAGGCUCUGUAUGCUGCCAUUAUAGCCUUACUGAAGCACUUUGGUUGGAUGUGGGUUGGUAUUAUAUAUGCUGAUGAUGAUAGCAGCAUAAAUGCUAUAAAGAUUAUUAAAAAUAUGAUUGUAGAAAGUGGAGGAUGCGUUGAAUUUAUUAAACUAGUACCGUCUAUUAAUGACUACACCCCCGAAAGAAUCAAAGACAUAGAGCAAACCAUUGCACGGUCAACUGCAAAUGUUAUUCUUCUGUAUGGCUCAAAAAAUAAUGUGUACUACCUGGAAUUGAAUGUUCAUGUUACCAGCAUACCAGGGAAAGUCUGGAUACAUACUGCCGAUUCCAGUUUCCGAAUAUUCAAUGUGGUAAAUGACACAGUUGUCAAUGGAUCUUUAAGAUUCAUCAUGCAAAAAAAUGAAAACCCAGCAUUUAUAAAAUUUGUCAAGGAGGUUAACCCAAGUCGUUUCCCAUCAGGUCGGACCUUUACAACAUGGUGGGAUGAACUAUGUGAAAACCGAUGUCCUUUCAAUCCAAGAAACAGAAACUGCACAGGUGUGGAGAGUGGAAGACAAAUCAUUUGGUCUCACUGUAACCUUAAGUUCACUGGUAUGAGUUAUAUUGUUUACAACUCUGUAUAUGCCGUAGCCUAUGCAUUACAUGAAAUGUAUCAAGAAACACCAUUAAGUGAAAGAUUGCAGGAUAUAAAUAAAUUAAAAUUUCAAGAUUUAAAAGGCUGGAAGGCUUCACCUGAGAGACAAAUCAUUAUAAAAAAAGAAGCGAUAGUCUGGGAAAACAAGUUUGCCAAGCUACUGAUGCCUCGAUCAGUGUGCAGUGAGAAGUGUCUACCAGGAUACAGGAAAUCUGUCCGGGAAGGACAGCCAGUUUGUUGUUAUGAUUGCUUACCAUGUCUAGAAGGACAGUUUUCCAACCAGACAGAUGUGGAUGUGUGCAUAAAGUGUCCAGAAGACCAAUGGCCCAAUGUGCAAAAGACAGAAUGUAUCAAGAAAGCGCUCACCUUCCUAUCCUAUGAAGACCCAAUUGGAAUUGUCCUGGCUUGUAUAGCCAUCUUAUUUUCACUGAUAGCUUCUGUUGUUCUUGGAACAUUUAUUAAGUAUCAAAAUACUCCAAUUGUCAAAGCUAACAAUCGAGAUCUCAGCUACUUAAUUUUAGUAUCACUCAUGCUCUCCUGUCUUUGCUGUCUCAUUUUUAUUGAAAAACCAGAACAGCUGACCUGUUUUUCACGCCAAGCAAUUUUUGGAAUCACCUUUUCCAUUUCAGUAUCUUCUCUUUUAGGAAAAACUUUCAUUGUGGUGAUAGCCUUUAAUGCAGCUAAACCUGGAAAUAACUUAAGAAAGUGGGUGGGGGCUAAAGUUCCUAAAUGUAUUGUUUUCUUUUGUUCGGUUAUUCAGGUGUUUAUUUGCAUUUUGUGGAUCCUUUUAGUCCCUCCAUCCACCUCAUACAACACACAGUCAGAAAUUGCAAAGAUCAUCCUAGAAUGUGAUAAAGGAUCAGCCAUUGCUUUCUAUGUGAUAUUGGGUUAUUUGAGUAUCUUGGCUUCUGUAUGCUUUGCUGUUGCAUUUUUGGCAAGAAAAUUACCUGACACUUUUAAUGAUGCUAAACUGAUAACUUUCAGUAUGCUAGUCUUCUUCACUGUUUGGAUAUUCUUUAUCCCAACGUACCUUAGUGCCAAAGGGACCUCUACAGUAGCAGUUGAGGUAUUCGCCAUCUUGGCCUCGAGUUCUGGGAUGUUGGGCUCCAUAUUUGUUCCUAAGUGUUAUAUAAUUUUAAUAAAACCUCAGAAAAACAGGAAAAACUUUGUAUUGAAAGGAUCUCUAUAGUGUGAUUAUAAUUGUUGACAAACCUAAUAAAUAUUAUAAUCGAUAAAACUGCAA